CCCAGCACCAAUCAAUUCUGCCUCUCUCUCCCCUCUCUCCCUCUCUCUCUCUAUAAAUGGCGGGAGCCUCCUCGUUUCUCAAUUACUCUCACACCCAAUAAUCUUUCUCUCCUCUCUCUCGCACACACAAAAACACGCAGACACAUUAUAAUUCUUAAAAGCGAAGCGACGCAUUUGCUCCUAUCUGUUUCUCCUUAUUGUCAACCUUUUUCUUACGCUUUUGGUUCUUCAACCCCUCCUCGCAAUCGCGAAAAUCUCCUAAACUGGAAAAGAGAGAAGACAGGCUUCUUGAUCUUCGUAAGGCAGUAAGUUGAUUCGUCUUCGUCAAGCGUCAGGCACUUUUCUGUUUCCUGUGAUUUUUCACGUUCGAUCUCCUUCAAGUAUCUUUCCUAGUUAAUGCUCUGGUUCUAGGGUUUUUUGUAGAGCCUAAAAUUUUAGGGUUUUGGUUUUAUAAGAACUUAUUGAACUCGAACUCAAGAUUUACCAAGGAAGAUAGAGAGAGGUGGAGAAGUAGCUUCCGAUUUCAUGGAGUCUGCGGCCGGAGUUGCCGCAGGGCGUGGUGGCUCGCUGCCGAUGCCUUCUCAGUCUGCUAGGAAGGAAUGGCGCGCCGUUUCCGACCAUCAUUCCGUCCGAAGUGCCGGAAAUGAGGAGUUGGAACGGUCGAAGAUGGGGCAAUCCGAGGAGAGAACUAUAUAUGAGGUACAGCAAGGAGCAGGGCCACUUGAUGUCGACUUCUGUUCGAUUACCGUGGAUGAAGGUAUAGAUAGUGACAUAUUGCAGCAACGUCUUCAUAAUGUCUCCAGACAGAGGGAGGACCUGCAACAUAUGGAAAUCGAACUUAGAGCUCAGCUAAUAGCUAGAUCCGAGAUAAUGGAAAUGCAGAACAACUUCGAUGCGCAGAUCAAAGAACACGCUAAUAUUGCUGCUAAACUAAAGGAGCAAUUACAGGAAAGGGAACAAACAAUACAUGAAUUGGAAAUGAAGAUGGAAGAGAAGGAAAGAGAGCUACGUGCAAUUAAAAUUGACAAUGAAGCGGCCUGGGCUAAGGAGGAUCUUCUUAGAGAGCAAAACAAAGAAUUGGCAACCUUCCGAAGAGAGCGUGAUAACUCAGAAGCUGAAAGAGCUCAGCAUCUCAAACAGAUACAUGACCUUAAGGAGCAUAUUCAAGAAAAAGAGAGACAGUUUCUUGAAUUGGAGGAGCAGCAUAGGGUUGCACAGGAAACAAUCCUGUACAAGGAUGAACAAAUUAGGGAGGCACAUGCUUGGAUUGCACGUGUUCAUGAAAUGGAUGCUUUGCAAUCAACAACCAAUCAUUCAUUACAAGCUGAGUUGCGAGAACGCACAGAACAGUUCAACCAGUUUUGGCUUGGUUGUCAAAGACAGUUUGCAGAUAUGGAGAGGCUUCAUUUGCAUACCAUACAACAGCUCCAAUUAGAGUUGGCAGAAGCAAGAGAAAGAAAUGGAGUUUAUGCAGAUGAGUCAUGUGUGGCCCAUGCAAAUUCAAAGGAUGUAUCUCAAUUUGGGCAGAACAAUGGGAGUCAACUCAAUGUAAAUGAAGGUGGCACAUCAAAUGGCAACUCUGGUGUCCUCCCAAAUGGGAAUGUUGACAAUGUUACUUCUUUUGAUGCAUCAAGCAAGACUGACCAUGUACCUGGAGUUCCAGUAGUACAAUCAUCUAUGGUUGGGAUGGGUGCCUACCUUCCACCUGGACAGGUAUCUGCUCUUCAUCCUUUCUUUAUGCAUCAGCAAGGUGCCACACACUCCAUACCACCUGCCAGUUCACAUCUUCCUCAAUCUCACUUGGGGCAUUUCCAGUCCAUGCCUGUAAUUUCAUCACAGCAACACUGGCAAAACCAACAGGCUGUAUCAGAGGGUUCACAAAUAUCAAAUCAGAACAAAUUUCAACCUUCCCAAACUGAACAGAACCUUUUGAGGCCUGAUGGACAAUAUGAUUAUGAGCUUGCUGCAAAUGGACAAGUUCUCCAUUCAGAUUUUCUGGAUACUCAUGUCAGCCAGAAUCAGGAGCCUGGUUCUUCAAUCACCACAUCCACUGAAGAAAAACAGGUCACUGAGUCAAAUGAUAAAGGGCAUUUGGUCUCUCAACAACCAGAGCAGAACCUACAAGAGAGCUCUUCUCAGUUUCCUGAUUCAUUGAGAAUGGAUCCCCCUGAACAAAUGAACCAGACCAAGGAUGAGAACCUUGUCACAAAGCCUACCCAUUCACAAGAGGGGCAGAAUUUGCCUAUUGAACAACCGUGGCCUGCUGCAAACCCAUCGGCAUCUGAUACUCCAACCUAUCUGGUUAAUUCCAGUGAAUCUAGAGGAUACAAUAAUAGUGGCAUGGUUGAAGAGUCUAUUUCAGCUGGACGGACCACAAAUUCACUUGUACCUGCAAAAAUUUUUGAGAGUGCUCUUCUAGAUGAAAGGUCACUCUUGGCUUGCAUUGUUCGUGCAAUUCCAGCUGGAUCUGGUGGCAGAAUUAGAAUUAGUUCAACUCUCCCUAAUAGACUGGGGAAAAUGCUUGCACCUCUCCACUGGCAUGACUACAAGAAAAAGUAUGGAAAGCUUGAUGACUUUGUGGCUGGUCAUCCUGAAUUGUUUGUAAUUGAAGGGGAUUUCAUUCAGCUUCGUGAAGGAGCACAAGAAAUCAUCUCGGCUACAGCAGCAGUUGCAAAAGUUGCUGCUGCAGCAUCUGCUCCUUAUUCAUCAAUGUUGCCAUCUGUUGCUGUUACUCCUAUGGCACAGGCUCACCGCCUCAAGAAAGUUUCAUCUGUUGAUACAAAAUCUACGAAAAGUGUUUCAACAGAACCUGUCAAUGCCACGCCUGCAGAUGUAGCUGAAAAACCUUCACAAUUUGUGGCAGUGCAGAAUCAGCAUCCAAAUGGCAUGUCUUUUAACAUUGUUCAAGGACUCUCAAAUGUGAAAAUCUUGAGCAAACCUAGAGAUGCAUCUGAAUCAAAUGGAAUGCAAUCUGAAGUUAGACCUGGCAAUUCUUCCGUUCAUAUGGCAGUUGGCAAUGGAUCAACUGCUGAUAGAAUAGGCUUGGUCACUUUUCAAAACAAAGGGUCAAGUAAUGGGAGACAUGGCGCAAAUUUUGGAGGGAAGCAACAAGGAAGAGCUGCUGGGGCGGCCUCGACCUCUAGAAGAUAGAAUCCUAUUAAAAAUAUAUGGGGAUUAUUUUUGGAGAAGGAAUUUCUGUUAUAACUGGUGCUAGUGUUGAUCGCAUUGGUUCUCUGAGGAUGGGAAUCUCCCGUUAACUUAUUCAAGCAUAGCAUUCUUCCAUUGGGAUAUACAACUGCUUUUAUAAUUCUUCAAUUUCAUUGGGAAAAAUAUUUUGUUUCUAUUUGCUUUCUUUUUUCUUCUCCUUGACCCGUUUACUUGAUUUGCAUGUUAAAAUGGUCAAAGUAAUGAAACUUUGACGUAGGGUCGAUCUGUGAAUGUGAUAGGAUGCACUUGGUUGUGAACAGUAAGGAUACAAGAAUUUUAAAACUCAAUUUAUUGAUUAUA